AUAUAUUCGCUGCUCAACCGCCUACAACAACGCUUGCAGCGCCAAAAUACUCUUGUUAGCUGGUCGAAAGACGAGCCCGUCUUCUUGGAUGUUUUGAUGCUCACCCACAACCGGAGUCCGAUCGCGAUCGCCCGUGCAUCUGCCUUUCGCUUCCUCCACCGUGACCGUCUCCACGAGAGAUCCAGGCGCGCUGUAGAGGCCAUCCUCAAGCGCACUGGUGACAGGCCAUUCACCAGCGGCCAAAAACUCUAUGAAGAUCUCAAGAGUGGACCGAAAAUUUCGCUGCAUCGAAGGCUGAUCGAUGCUUGGACGAAAACACCGACGAAAUGGUAUCCUUUGCCUGUAGCUGUAGGGGCGCUUCUCCUCGUAUUCCUCCAGUACCGUAAGAGAGCGGCUGUGAAGGAGAUUCACAUUGACGAGCAUGGUCACGAGGUCGUUUAUCUGAAGGGUCCAUGGCACGUACACGUCCUGGGUGCUCUCCCUCUGCGUAACCUUUCGCGCCUUUGGGGCUAUCUCAAUUCAUUGGAGCUGCCAGUAUGGUUCCGACCCAUCGGUUUUCGCCUGUAUGCGCGGAUAUUCGGGUGCAACCUGAACGAAAUCAAUCCUGAGGACCUUACGCAGUACGCAAGCCUCGGUGAAUUUUUCUACCGAAAGCUAAAGGACGGCACGCGUCCGAUAGCGGACACAAUACUGGUUAGCCCCGCCGACGGAAAAGUUCUUCACUUCGGAACGAUCGUGAAUGGCCGAAUCGAACAAAUAAAGGGCAGUACCUACUCCUUGGAUGCGCUCCUGGGCAUCGAGAGACCUAACUUGCCUCGCGCAAUGGACGUGGAGUUUCCGGAGCGGGAGAUGGCGGAAGUGAAUGAUCGCGACUUUGCCGAAAUCAACGGUAUUGAAUACAGUCUGGAUGAGUUCCUCGGGAUCUCCACACCGCCAACUCCUGUGGCGUCGGGCACCGCGACGCCAGCAGAGUCAAAGGGCGGUGCUUCGCCAUCAGCGUCACCACAUAAACACGCGGCGGAGCUCUACGGACAACGCAUCGAUGCGUCCGUUCCCUCUCAAGAGCCACUUAAAGAUGUUGUUGCACACGACGCGUCUGUCGCUGCUGAGAUGGGCGUGCAACCAUUCAUCGAGCGUAGGACGAGCAGGGUGCGCGUCAAGCCAGGCAACGCUCUGUACUUCGCGGUAAUCUAUCUGGCACCCGGUGAUUAUCAUCGGUUCCACAGUCCAGCUGCGUGGGUGGUGGAGAAAAGGAGGCAUUUCAUAGGCGACCUCUUCUCCGUGUCACCCUGGAUGGUCAAGCAGCUGGAGAACCUGUUUGUCCUGAACGAGCGCGUUGCCCUCCUUGGUCGCUGGAGAUAUGGCUUUUUCAGCAUGGUGCCGGUCGGAGCUACCAAUGUAGGCAGCAUCAAAAUCAGUUUCGACCAGGCUCUCAGAACGAACGUAGGUUCCAGACGGAAACUGCCUACGGGAACAUACACCGAAGCGGUGUACACUGGAGCGUCGCCCAUCCUGGGGGGACAGCCGCUCACUAAAGCCCAAGAGAUGGGCGGAUUCUGUCUCGGGAGCACGAUUGUAUUGAUUUUUGAGGCGCCAGACAGGUUCCAGUUCGCUGUGCAUGCAGGGCAGAGGAUCAAAGUGGGAGAACCGAUGGGUGAUGUAGCUACUGAGCAUGCUGAAAAAUAAUAAGCAACUGGGUUCGCGUUGUUACAUGCUGCUGUGAGAAGGUGGUGCCAGCUGGAUCUUAGUACAUACUCGCGGUAGUUCCACGCAGUGUGGCGGAACAGGCUGCGUUCAAGUAACAGUAAACAAUGUAAGUGCCUGUAAUGUAAUUAUUGUGCUAGACAAGUCGAAGAACGGCCACGGACUCUACGUGCGCUGUCUGUGGAAAAAGAUCAAAACCUCUCAGGCUCUGCAUAACAUACUUGCAUCCGCCCCUCUGCUCCGACUUCCGCAGGAUCAUCCCGACGUCGCGCGCCUGCGUGUGGACAUUACAGCUAACGUAAACGACGGUCGCGCAAUUGAAUUGUAACAGCUGGUCGAUGAAUUUCUCGUCAGUGCCCUUGCGCGGCGGGUCAAUGAUCAGCGCCGUGUGCUCCCGCGGGAAGUCCUGCACCGUCGCGAAGAUAUUCGCCGCGUCGCCCGCCAUG